AUGCAGGAAGUUCGGUCUCAAAGAAGAACGGUAGUAGUAGAGGUCACAGACUCGAAGUACCUAGCAGCGACAUUUCCUCACUGGUUCACGUACGAGGGUGAUCCGAAGCCACGAGAAAAAGACCUUGUGUCCAGGAGGGAAAGAGCGGUUGCACCAAGCGGAGCUAGAACGCGUCAGGUAGCGGCAGAGACGGUGGGUCAGAAAGAAAAGGUUGAAGAGGAAGAGUUCAAUUUAACCGACGACCAGGGUCUUUGUGCCGACGGGACUACCGACGCCGUUCCGCACAACGCCGACUCCAGACCUGAAGCGCUGGAAGUUGGAGGGGAUCCCGCCAAAAGAAGAGAAGAGGCCUCUCAAGCAUCUGACGUCUGCUUCCUGGGGGACGAAGACAAGGCCAGCAUGGUGAUGCCGCCGCGGAAGUCUAUCCAACUCGAGGAAAGCAACGUGGAGAAGUCAGCGGAUGGGGAGGCGGAGCAGGAAGCGGGUCGUCCUGGCCGUCCCCCGUGGAACUCUGAGACCAAGCCAGGGCUGGACGAGCGAGACCAGAGUCAGGGGUGCUCGGAAAAAGCGUCCUGUUCGAGCCGUCCUUUUGGAAAGAAGGAACAGAAGAGGAAGCAGCGCAGGGUCAGCGCUUUCCGUCCUGCUCCGAACGAUUCUGAUCAGCAACGUCAACAGAGGCGCGACGCGUCGAGCCAGAAGCAGAAGUCGUCCAGGCCGGGAAGGGGGAAGCGCGGAGGCACCCAUCCCAAGGAUCCAUCAGCCGGCGGCGGCUGCAAGAGAAAAGGAUCCAAGGGGAGCGCGGAGAAAACCAGGCUGGAUGAGAAAAAUCCGGAGCAGGGUCCCUCGAAAACCUCGUCUCCAUCGCAGAACGACAUUGGGUGUCCGUCCAGACGGAAAAGACAUAGGAGGAGGAGGCAGCGCGAGAUCAGCGUUCUCCGUCCUGGUGCGGACAUUUCUGAUGAAGGGCAUUUUUGGAAAUCUGGCGAAGGCGAGUCUCGCAAAAGGGAGCUGUCGUCGAGACUGGGACACAGAAAUCCCGCGCAUAUUCAUCCCAAGGAAGUAUUGACGGACAGCGGCUGCGAAAGCAAGGGGCUUGACUGCGACAAGGAAGACUUAAGUCUGGGCAAGCGAGAAGAUCCGAAGCGCAGGCGGUCCGAGAGGUCAUCACGAUCAUGGCACGGCAAGUCUGAUGGCGACAAUUCAGGCGCCGACAUGAGCGGGCCGUUCACUCAAAAGAGACCCAAGAAGAGAAGGCUGCGCAGGGUCGGUGCCUUCCAAUCCGGCCCGGCCCCAUCCAAUCAACAACGUCACCAGAAGCUGAAGAGGAGCAACUCCAGAAAGAGAAAGCCGUCGUCUGGGCUGGGAGACGGAAAUCGUGAAGAUAUCAAUCGUGAAGAUAUCCACCCCAAGAAAGCACCAGCCGACAGCGGCUGGAGGAGCAAGGAGCACAGCGGUGACGCUAGGAAGCCGAAGCUGAAAAAGCAAAAAGGUUCGAAGCAGCGGCGCUUUAAGAGGCUCAGUGCGCGCAACUCCAGAAAGUUCUCUUCGAGGCCGGGAGAAAGCAAACGCCAGGACACCUAUCCCAAGGAGCCAUCGACCCAGACCGGAAGUGCGAGCAACGGGCCUGGUGGCGACACCAGCAAAUCUACACUAGAUGCGGAAAUGACGAGACAGAGCCGCUCGGACGAGAAGAACGAGGGCUGCGAGGAGUCACGCAGCGUAAGGAAGCCGAGAGUCAAGCCGUCACAUUUGUCUCAUGCUUCCACGACGAGAAGAGAUGAUCAACAGAAUGCAGGAACCUUGCUGGACAAAUCCUCAAUCUCGUCCAAGUACCUCGGGUCCUAUGAGUACGUGCUCGCCUCGCAGCUUGUUCUUCAGCGGGAGUUUAAGUCAGAUGCGGAAAUCAAGUCAGAACUUUCCGACUGUGGCUUUGAGGAAACUUUCGAGUCUGGGGACCAGGGCUUUUCUGGUGAGAGUGGCACCGAGAACAGACUGGGCGUAGGUUAG